ACUUCUCAUUCAUUCCUUCAUUAUUCGGUGAUACAGACACGCCUUAUCUCUCUCUUUCUCUAUGCUCUAUUCUUUAACUUUUCACUUCAUUUCAAUUCAUCAUACCCCUGAAUUAUUCACACAAAACGCAUAUUCAACACAACCAACCACACAAGUCAAAUCAACCAUAAUUUGCUAUUAAUCUCUACGCAUAUAACUUAAAAAUUAAGCUCCACACAAAUUAACUUUUUGCUUACUAGGUUCUGGAUCAGUUAACUAGCUUCAAUAGAUUCGAUCAGUUCAAAGCGAAAGCAAAAUGAAUCACUGUGUUCCAGAUUUCGAUAUUCAAAUCGACGAAUAUGAAGAAAACCCGGUGCUUCUCUCUAAGAAACCUUCCACUGCGUAAUUAUUCAUUCAUUUCACUGAGAAUUUGUGUUGUAUUUUUCUGGAAAUUAAUUAAAUCUCUGAAGUUAAAUUCUAACAGGCGAAACAAUGAGAUCAUGGAACUGUUAUGGCAAAACGGUUCAGUCGUGAUGCACAACCAAAGCCACCGUCAAUCUAAAAAACCGCCAUCACCGGUAACUAACACCGGCAAUCAAGUGAUGCCUGAUCAUAGAGAGAUUCGAUCCUCUGAUGUAGAAAACUUCAAUAUUAAUCAACAUUUGUUCAUGCAAGAAGAUGAAAUGGCAUCGUGGCUUUUCGAUUCAAUCAACGAAGAUCCUCUUAUCAACACUGAAACACUCUUUCAUCCAUCCACCGGUGUUAUACCGGACUAUGUAGUUCCGCCUGAGGAGUUACUUCCACAACCGAGACCAACGGCUUCUCGGCCUCCGAUUCAUCCUGCCGCGACGGAGAAGGAGGAUCAAGUGUUGAAUGGAAAACAUAAUAAUUUCGCAUAUUUUGCUAACCACAGCAAUGCUAGUAUGGAACCAAGUAUGUCUUCAAGUUCGGUGAUUCCGGCUAGGCCAGAAAUGACGAUGGUGGAUUCAUGCGAUACACCGAUCAUGACUGAGAUGACUUAUAAGGCUUCGAAGCUAUCUGAAACAAUCAGGAGCACCGCGUAUACGGAAUGCGUGAGUGUUAGCACUGCCGGAAAAGCAACGGCAUAUACCGGAUGUGGUACUGUAAGCAAGGCUGGAAAAGAUGCAGCUGCAACUGCAACCAUUAAUGGAGUAAGAGAGACUCCAAUGUUGAAUAUUACAAUGACGUCAUCGCAUAACUGUUCAAGUGGAAGUGUUGAUCCGAUUCAGAGAAAACUGGAGUUAGAACGAAAGGGGAAAGAUCGUGUAUCAGACAAAUCAAAGUUUCAGAGCCAGAGCCAGAGCGAGGAAGGAAAAAAGGAAGGAAAAAAACAAGUUCGUGGAUCUACAUCUACAAAGAGAUCCCGUGCUGCAGAGGUUCAUAAUCUCUCAGAGAGGAAGCGUCGAGAUAGAAUUAACGAAAAGAUGAAAGCUUUGCAAGAGCUUAUACCCCGGUGCAACAAGUCUGACAAAGCUUCAAUGUUGGAUGAAGCAAUCGAAUACUUGAAGUCAUUGCAGUUACAAGUGCAGAUGAUGUCCAUGGGAUGCGGCAUGGGACCGAUGAUGUAUCCUGGAAUCCAGCAGUAUAUGCCAUCGAUGGGGAUGAGAAUGGGCAUGGGGAUGGGGAUGGGAAUGGGAAUGAGUUUGGGGAUGGAAAUGGGAAUGAACAGACCAUUGAUGCCAUUUUCUAAUAUAUUACCUCCUAGUUCUCCUUUGCCAACAACAACAACAGAAGCUACUCCCUAUGGACCAAGGUUCCCUAUGCCUCCUUUUCAUAUGCCUCAGCCUCAUGUUCCUGCAGUACCUGAAUCAUCAGAUAACCCCCUUAACUCCCUCGGUACUCUGCUUCCAGAUCAAUCACGCAUCCCAAACACAAACUUCACCGAUCCUUAUCAGCAAAUCCUUACUCCCCACCAGGUGCAGCAAUUUAUGCAGGGAACGAACCAACAAAAUGUCAACAGGCCAGGUAACAGUGGGGGCCAGGAUAAUCCAGAAAAGCAUCGGGCAGGAUAGAUUAUCCUGCAUCUAGAUAUCAUAGCAGCUGUCAUGGUGGUAUAACGUGCUAGAGCUAACAUUUUAGCAGAUCUCAGUAGCAACCUAAUUUAUACACAUUUAACAUGUAUAUCAUUGCCGCCCUAUUAUUAUUAUUAUUAUUAUUAUUAUUAUUAUUAUUAUUAUUAUUAUUAUUAUUAUUAUUAUUAUUAUUAUUAUUAUUAUUAUUAUUAUUAUUAUCAUUAUUAUAUUAUUAUUAUAUUAUUAUUAUAUUAUUA